CAAACGUGACGUCAGGGCAGCUAUAAAACUCAGCAUUGCUUUUAUACUCGUCUGCUGGGCGAUCCUUUAAAAACUCCACUACACGCCCGGAGUGCUCUUUUUUCCAGCAAAAGCAACAAUUUGCCAGUCACAUGCACGCUAACCUCCUCAGUUUUACGCAAUUAUUGUAGAAAAAAGAAAGAAAGAAAAAAGCGAAGCCAUGAAGUGUUAAAUGUUUCCUAUUCAGACGCGCCGAGACCCGCGUGCUGAGAGAGGGGAGACGGGAGAGACGGCAAAACACCCCAUCCUGGCUGCUCAUUUAUAACACAAAUCCGCAGUCUUCUUUUUUUUUUUUACCUCUUCCUCUCUCGGUUUUGAAGAAUUAAAUAAAGAAAUCAAGCUGGCUCACACUGUCUCGAACCCGACCAGUCUGACAGCUGCUCUUCAUCCCCUUUGGAGGACUGUCAACAGCAAAAGGAUGGCAUCAGAACUGGCAAUGAGCAACUCCGACCUGCCCACCAGUCCCCUGGCCAUGGAAUAUGUUAAUGACUUCGAUCUGAUGAAGUUUGAAGUGAAAAAGGAGCCGGUGGAGCCCGAUCGCAGCAUCAGCCAGUGCAGCCGCCCAGUCGCCGGGGGAUCCGUGUCUUCCACGCCGAUGAGCACGCCCUGCAGCUCGGUUCCCCCUUCCCCCAGCUUCUCGGCGCCCAGCCCGGGCUCCGGGAGCGAGCAGAAGACGCACCUGGAGGACUUCUACUGGAUGACGGGCUACCAGCAGCAGCUCAACCCAGAGGCGCUGGGCUUCAGCCCCGAGGACGCCGUAGAGGCGCUGAUCAGCAGUAGCCACCAGCUGCAGACCUUCGAUGGCUAUGCCCGCGGGCAGCAGUUCGGCGGCGCGGCCGGACCCGGUGGCGCUGUGGCCGGAGAGGAGAUGGGCUCGGCGGCCGCGGUCGUCUCCGCCGUGAUCGCCGCCGCGGCGGCGCAGAACGGCACGCCGCACCACCACCACCAUCACCACCACCACCACGCCACGGGCCACCACCACCACCACCACCAUCACCUCAACGGCGCCACGGCACCCGGCGUUCCCAGCGGCGGAGGCGGCGGAGGAGUCGGCGGCGGGGGCUCGGCGGGGAGCCUGCAGCACGGGCGCCUGGACGACCGGUUCUCCGACGAGCAGCUUGUGACCAUGUCGGUGCGCGAGCUGAACCGGCAGCUGCGCGGCGUCAGCAAGGAGGAGGUGAUCCGGCUGAAGCAGAAGCGCAGGACGCUGAAGAACCGCGGCUACGCGCAGUCGUGCCGCUUCAAGCGCGUGCAGCAGCGGCACGUGCUGGAGGGCGAGAAGACGCAGCUGCUGCAGCAGGUGGACCACCUCAAGCAGGAGAUCUCCAGGCUGGUCCGGGAGAGGGACGCCUACAAGGAGAAGUACGAGAAGCUUGUCGGGAACGGCUUCCGAGAAAACGGCUCGAGCAGCGACAACAACCCUUCCUCUCCAGAGUUUUUCAUGUCUUCAAGAAAAUUUCUGCACCUGUGAUAUGACGUGUGCUCCUGCUCUCUACCCCUGCAGUCUGAGGUCCCGUUACACUGGAAUGCUUAUGGCUUAGAUUGACCCAUGGCACCAAGACUGCCACAAAGCACAACCUCUCCAAAGUCAAAGCCCUUAGGAAGAAACGAGAGAAAAGAUGGAGAAGCGGAAUCAAACAGAGAGAGGGGAGAAAAAAAAAGAUCAAUCCUGGUGCCAUUCUUCAGUCUUCACCAUCCUCUCUACUUCUGAACUACUCCAACAGCUCUACAGAUAGUGCCCUCAGCGAAUCAAAACCGAUGAAGACCACCUUCUACAGGGGAAACCUCACACAAACAACACACUGACGAAAUGGACGAUUUAAAAAAACAAAAAAAACUAAACAAAAACAAAAAACAGGGAGAUCGAAGAGAAAAUUCCACCUGAAAUUUCUUAAAGACUUCUGCGAGACUCUCUUUCUUUUUUUUCCCUCAGCCAGCACUGGCCCUCCUGUUCUCCUCAGAGAUGCUGCUUCAUUGUAAUUAGCAUUAGCAUAGCAUUUUGUAAAAGUUCGAAAAUUCAUAGUUUGGAUCGGGAGUCUCUCGGCAGAUUGGGGGUCGUGAAUUCUACUAAUCUACAGAAUCUACAGAAACAUAAAGCGCAUUAGAACAUCACCUGAUGUGUAUCAUGUACAGCAUAUCUAUACAGGCAGAUUUGUAGGAACUUCAGUGGUCUUAUGUGUAAAUAGGAAACCACUCUCGUACGCAUUCACACCCGCCCACCCACACACACACACACAUACAGACGUAAACACACAUACAUACACUCUUCCACUACUUCCUCCACUACUUCCUCCACUACUUCUUUGUAGCUUCUUUAGUGCACUCAUCUACUCAUUCUCUUAAUUCAAUCUGUACAAAGGGAUGGAUGGACCUUGAGAACGAGAAUUCCCAGCUAUUUCAACAGAACUCGAAUUCAAAGAUUAAAAAUUGUGUAGUUUAAGAUUGUGAGAUGAUGUUCUAUUUUUUUCUAAGUGUAUUUGCUAUAACGUAGAGCCCCUAGCUGGAACGUGUGGUGAUCGAUGUUUAGAGAGCCGUAUUAGAGAACAGUGUUCUAGACGGUGUUCUAUAGCUCAUGUGAGGAACAAAAGGUGAGGAAUCUGGAACGGCCUGGGAAAUAUAUACAGUGACGUUACACAGUGCUAGCUCCUACAGACUCUCCAGGCUUGGUUUAUGGCGAACGGUGACAGUGGACACUGAAGGUGCAGACUAAAGGAUUUGGCUGUUGUUUUUUUGUUUGUAUUUUUGUACAGUGAGUACAGUAGUGUAUACUGUAUAUUUCCCAAAUAUAAAACACACAGUCCCCUUCACUUCCUGGUGAUGGAAAACGUGCGGCAGGGCACGGAAGGUGUCGGGGUCACUGGCACGCGACGGGAUCCUGAGGUUACACUGGCUGAGGGUUGGUGGACCUCUCCUGGACCAGCCUCUCGCUGAGCUCCCACAGGCUGAGGGCGGAGGAGGGAUCCUGGGCCUGCUGAGACGGAAGACAGCGGAAGCAGUUGUUGAAGUACAUCCCUCCCAGUCCCUCCAGCUCCGGAGCCACUGCGCAGUACACGGUGGUGGCCGCACCCUGUUGCUGUUGAGGAAAAAACAAACACACACAGAAAAAAAAAACACCGUCAGACGUCAGAACGUGAAGUACUGGAACAUGCGAGGAGACAACAGCAGCAAGAACAGAGGAACAUUUUAAAAAAGUGGAACAUUUAAAAAAAAAAAAGACUGAAUAAGAGUGAGAGUGAGAGGACUGACGCUUGGCCACAGCCUCACAGCCUCACAGACUCAUCAGACACAUCAGACACAUCAGACUGAUCAGACUGAUGAAUGCAGGGUGUGAGAAGGUGUAAAGUGUGGACACACACACAGCUUUAAGAACCUGCAUGCUGUAGAUGACUGACAAACCAACCCGAGCCAACGCGAACCUAAAACCAACAAGUUAGAACCUAAGCCAGAGUGCUCAGAGCGUCUUUAUGCAAGAAACAGCGACGCCAACAGAACAUCGCUCACAAUGCACGUCUCUUAUGUGUUUUCCUAUGUAUUCCACUGAAGAAAACGCUGUAAUCGAGGAUCAUUCGGCAGGAUUUAUGUCUUCACGCUGCACUCCUGCCAAGUUUUGUGCACACACACAAAGACACACAGACACACACAGACACAGCCACACACAAUGUACCGAUGUAUAUACUGUAAACUGUGCAGGAUGACUGGCAUUGUCUAGUAUAGUAUACAGAGGCUUCCAAAAACUCCCAAAAAAAUCCAUUCAGUCCACUCAUAACAGUCAGAAGGGUUAUUAUAAAUCACUACUGGGGGAGAGAUAUAUCCGCAACAACAUCUGUGAACAACAACACAUGCAGAACUAUUAUUAUUAUCAGCUUUAAAAAAAGAACAGACCGAGACUACUAAUGUUCUCAGCUCUCCAAUAUCAAAUUUGAGCUCUUCUUCUUGUAGGUUUGGUGAGAGUACCCAGAUAGCAAGCAUUUAUAGGCCCACUGGUCAGCACUAUACUGAUUGUUUGUCAUUGCUUUAAAUUCAACUUUAAAUACGCCCUCGAACCACACAGAUAAUUGUCAAACAUACCAGAUCUAAGCAGUUUUUAAACUUUUUAAGCAGAUUUGAAGUGAGACGUGAAGGCAUCAAAACUAUGAAUGAACACAUGUUGAUUUAUGUACUUAACAAAAAAAGUAAAAUGACUGAAAACAUGUUUUAUAUUCUCGUUUCUUUAAAAUAGCCCCCCUUCACUCUGAUUACUGCUUUGCACACUCUUGGCAUCAUUCUCUCAAUGCGCUUCAAGAGGUGGUCACCUGAAAUGGUUUUCCAACAGUCUUAAAGGAGUUCCCAGAGGUGUUUAGCACUUGUUGGCCCCUUUGCCUUCACUCUGUGGUCCAGCUCAGAUUGGGUUCAGGUCCGGUGGCUGUGGAGGCCAGGUAAUUUUUUGUUUAGUACAUAAAACUCCACAUGUGUUCAUUCAUAGUUUUGAUGCCUUCAGUGAGAAUCUGCAAUUUAAAUACUCAUGAAAAUAAAAAGAAAUGCAUUGAAUGAGAAGGUGUGUCCAAACUUUUGGCCUGUACUGUAUAUAAAAAAGUAAGGGAAAAAAUUUAAAUGAAGAAAAAUUAAGUCAAUUGGACUGAUGGUGGAAAACAAGUGAUAACAAAUAGCACUUAUGCCUGUAUUGUGCUAGUCUUGACGUCAGUGGGCCAACAGUGGUUUGCUAUCCUUGUGUUUUCAGGGUAGCCUCAUGGCUAAGACACUAAUCAGGCCCUUAAGCAGGUUUGGAAGAAUCUCAGUGGUUGCUCUCCUCGUCUAAAGCAUCUCUCUCUUUAUCUCUGCUCUCAUUCAUGCUCUCUCUCAUCACUGGCUUGCUUUGUCUGUCACUCCACACGACUGCAAACGCCAACAUUAGCAUGAAUACAUAUGAAUAUAUGAAUCCAGUCAUAUACACACACACACGCUCUACACCGCUGUAACUAUUAUUACUGUGUACAUCCUAAACAAAUGACUCCACUCCACCUCCCUGCUACAUGCAGCUCCGCCCUGCAGAAGAACACCACCUCAUUCUUCCUCCUCCACGUACUUUAGCAGCCUAAUUGCACUGGAGGGUCUCGUCGGACCUCAGGCUCGGAUUGUUUUCCUCUGUUUGUUCGUUUUGUUUUUGGGAAAGAUGGAAGGAGGAAAAGAAAAACAUGUCAGAAAGAAUUAGAGCAGACGCCCGACUCCAACACUCCCACGUCUUUUUCACGCCCCCCCGCUCUCUUCCACCCCCGUAGCCCCUUGCUGUAGAAAGCUGUCGCCCUGGCUUCACAGGCAACUCCAGCAGAAAGUUGACUUCUAUAGGAGACACAUGAAAUGGGCCUGUUCUUUAUCUUCAGACAGAGCCGGGUGCUGCACGCACACAGCUGAAAAGCGCAGGCCAGCGUUUAGGAGCAAUCGGCUGGCAGCCAUUGAGAGAAAUGCGCUCUGACGCCCAGCUCUUUAAAUGCUAGCUUUAGUGUGCGUGCGCACACACACAUACACACACACACACACACACGCAUAUACACACACACUCGCCCAGUACAAAGACUCAGCCUCAUUUAAGCGGACGAAUCAACAGCUGUAGCCCAAGCUGGUGAAGCCUGCGACAGAGUGCUCGUUAGACAAACACACACACACACAUACAUACAUACACAUAGACACACACACAUGUAGACACACACGAACACACACACACACACACACACACAGACAGAGCUUGCAGGAAGAAAGCCAAGACUAGCCAGAAAUUUGGUGAGCAGCAAACUUCAUUCCCUCCUCCUGAGCUAAAUGUGUGUGGACGCCCGCAUGUGAGUGUGUGUGAGUCUGUGUGUGUGUGUGUGUGUGUGUGUGUGUGUGUGUGUGUGUGAGAGCGUGUGUUAAACCGAAUGCCUUUUGAAGUACGCAGAUGUCGUACGCUCCUUUGGUUACCGCGUCAAUAAACAUGACAUCAAAAGGAUGCAUCUUUCUGAGUCUUACCUGCUUUUGGAGUGAUAAGUUAAUACACAUUUUGAAGGUGGAAAUAUGAAAGGACGGAAAAUGUCACUCAAUCUCCGCGAGCACAUGCAGGCACGUUAUUCAAUAUGCAGAGCCGGGCCUGGCAGUAUUUACUCAUCUGGUAAUUACAUUUAAUAGUCUGAUACGCAGAAAGCACUGCCUUCUUUCAACUUAAGUUUUAAUAACGGGGAAAAGAAGAAACGGUGCUGGAAAAAAAAUCCUGCAUUCCAAAAAGUUUGCAUCAUUUGGCAAAGUCUACUAAAAGAAUUUUUAUGAUUAAAAAAAAAAAAAAAAAACUGAAACGCUACACCAAACUGGACUAAACAAGAAGUGAAAAUGUGCUGACCAGAAAAAAAAAUCUAAAACUAAAAAGUUUAAGCCCCCCAAAAAAAUCCCCAAAAAGAAGAGAGAGUAAAUAAGAAGUCUUAUUAAGGCUCCUUUCUAUCCAGCAUCCUACCAUCUUACCAUCCUUUCAUCCUGCACCCCUGUCAUCUCGCCCUGCUGUCUUUAUCACCCCCCCUCACCUCAACGUUCCGCCUCCACCCCCCUACCCACGUGGCCAAAUAUUUACACGCCAUGCAGACAAGGCCACUUCAUCAAUCUCUUUACUGCAUGUGCGACCGGCCUGGAAAUCUUGUUUUUGGAUUAAGCAAAGAGGGCGCAGGUAAUAAGGGACCAUCAUACUGUUCCACAAGGCCAUUUGUCAGGCUGUAGCGAGCGGCAGAGAGAGAGAGAGAGAGAGAGAGGUUAGGGGAAGUUAAUAAAUUACCCCUCUCUCUCACUCUCAGCCUCUCUUCCUUACCCUACCUAGCCUCUCUUUGUUAAGGCGAGUGUCAGCAGCACUCUGCAUCCAGGCCUAAGCUAGGACUAGUACUUCUACUUGUACUUGCUUUAGGUAUGCUUGCUUUUAGUGCAUAAAAAUGUACAACAGCCUUUUACACCGUCAGCAAGGGCGAUUAUCGGAUUAUAGAAGUGUUAGGGGUGCACCCAACAAACCCAGCCACACCAUCCUCCUUAAAAAAAAAAGUGUCACAAAGUGGGACGACACCUGUCUCAUCAAAUCUUCUAUUAUUCUGUAACAUUAAUGAUCUGAUUCACAUCCAGACAGUACCUGUCUAGCACACUGGCUUUAAUAUAACCAGCAGUGCAGCAGAGCUAGCCCCUCUCACUCCAGUUUAACCAGAGGGCAGUGGCUGCAGGCAGCAGUAUUAGCUUACUAAAUUGAAACCUUGUUUUUAACAGAGUAAAGGGUGUGGUUUAAUGGUGAGUGUGCACGCUCAGAGCACGGCAGAGCGGAGAGAAAGUGGGAUAAUACCUUGCUUGCAGAGGGCAGACCACUACGCUUUCAUUCUCAAAAGGCAGGGGUCAGCAAUAGGUGGCCUGCGGGUCAGAAAAUUCAAAAUUCUAAAUAAAACGCUUUUAUUGUGAGCUUUUGUUUACAUUCCUCCCCUUUCUCUCUGUCGAGCUCGGCGUGACUUUAGUUUUCACUAGCCGGGGCAGUGGUAGUGUAUUGGACACGGGUUAGAUCCCGCGCGAGGAGCGGUGUGUUUAUUUAUUUAUUUAUUUUCCUUUCCUCUUGGAUCUACCUGCUUUGGGAUCAACUGUUCUGCAAUUGGGUUCAACAACCCUCUGGGCUGGAGAGCUACUAGUAGCACUGUAGCACUCCAUCACAAUACACUUCAUUUUCCAAAACGUACACGGAAUGGCUUGAAAAAUAUUUGAACAUUUUUAGCUUAUCAGAGACAAACUCCCACUAAAAAAAGAAAAAUACAACAAAAACACAACUUUUUGUUUUCAUAUUUAGGGGAGCUGGGACAUGUUUUGAGUGUGCUUGCGCACCCUUAACAAAAGGGCUAGUGACACCCCUGAUUGUCACUUUCAGUUUUCAGAACACAAAAAUGAGUAUAUAUAUAAAAAAAGAGUAGAAAAACAAGCAGAAAGUAGAAAUAACAAAACACCGAUGACUCUCACUCUGAUAUUGGAAGUGGAACUGCUGUAAAGGGUUCAGGAUGUGCGUGGAACAGCGUUCAUGUCCGCCUCCGCUAACGCCGCCGCCGCUGUUGUAUCUGCUUCUGCCUGGCCUCUUCAUGUGCCCUUGUUUUCACCUCUGCUUGAUUGGAAGAGCGCAAACACUCUCCAGACUAGCGCCCAUACUCCAUUACAGUAGAGUGCGCAGGAGUGCUAAUGCGUUCCGUAAUGAAGCUGGGUGAAGACUAGCGUGACUGAGAUUAUCCACCGCUAAUGGGGUUGGAGUGCGAUCGCGGCGCUAGGCUAGCGCGCCGCUGUCCCUUAGCCAAACAAUGGAUUGAGACGGAGCGCAAGCCGCUUUAAGACGCUUUAACCCUUUCCCAAAGCUCCAGCCUAGUCUUUUCCAAGAAGAUUUGGAAAGCCGGACAAAGACGCGGCUAAAUCCCGGCAAACCCAGAUUCGCAGCGAUCCGCCGAGCGAGCUAGCGUCGAGCUAGUGGACAGCUUACACGACUUUACUGCAGUAAUCGCUGGCUGAGUUACAGCUUCGCCAGCUCAUUUUUGCUUUAUUAGAGAGCCGUACCUCGUCUACAUUUCCAUCUACGCUUCUCAUAUCCCUCUCCACUCAAAAGCCUCCCCGCUAAAUAUAGAUCCGUGAUUGAUCCAGAGAGAGAGAGAGCUAGCGCUAGCAUCCAAACACUGCUUCCUCUCCCCCUCAGCAGUGCAACCACAGUAAAUCGGCCCGGAGAGAAGCUCGGCGUCUGGCUCUGCGUUUAGCGGCGCAGGAGUCGGGGUGAGAUUGGCCUGUCAGGCAGAAUGAAAGCAGCGCUAUCUUACUGCUCUUUCUGCUCUUUACACUCAACCUCCUGCCACUUGACCUCAGUGAACCCUGUGGAGUGAUAAGCUCUAUGAGAUAGCACAUUAACAUGCAGAGCCACCUACCGCCCCCAUUUAUCACAUAUACACACACACACACACACACACACGGCCUGUUCUGCAAAGAAAGAGAGAGAGAGAGAGAGAGAGGGAAAAAUUUAGGGAUAAAGAGGGGGUAGAGAGUGGGGGAAUAAAAUGGGGUUCAAAUGCUCCAUAUAUAUGUAUAUUGGUGUAAAAAGUGUAAAUGUAUAUGUUUUUUGCUAUCAUCUGUGCGAGCCCAUUGGUGGGCAUUUGUUCACAUGAAGAGGGUUAUUUUAUUUAACUUUUCCUUUAUUUAUUUUUUAAACCUGUGAAUCACCAUAGAAUAAAAAAAAAACACGUUUUAAUAAAAUCUAAUUUUUCCAGCAAUACUAUACUGAUAUCAAGCCAAAGCAACUCAAAACGCAGAUAAAACUCUCGACACUCAAGGUAACAACUCAAUAACAAAAAAAAAAAAAAGAAAAAUCCAAAAUCCAAAAAAGAUUCAAGUACAAAGAUGAAGCCAAUUAGACUGAGUGAAAACUCUGAAACCUUUUAGCUUUAAGCAACUGCAAUAAUUCUCUCUGGAAUCUUCUGUCCUGAUGAAUCAAAGUCAUUCAAAGUCUUCCAGUUCUGAUUUUUCUUUUUUAAAAAGCUAAAAAAAAAUGGAAAGAUUUAAAAGAAUUACUUUGCAAUACUGAGACUAGGGGUGUAUUUCUUUUUUGUUUGUUUGUUUUUUUCUUUUUUUAAGACUUCUGCAGGAGACAGAAUUGGUAUUAUUGAACUUUGAUGCUGUAAAAUGAUGUUUUCUAUUUUAUUCUUUAAGUAUUUAAACUAAUGUGAUGUAAGGCUCCGCCUCCAAGCCCCACACUGAACUGAACUGAACUGAACUGAGUGCACACACUGAACUGAACUGUAUUUACUGUACAUAAUGUAAGUUAAUAAUAAUAAUAAUCAUCCUCCAUAGUACUGAGUACUAAGUCUCGUGUUGGGUGACGGUUUAUAGUCGGGACAGAUCCCAGUAGACCCCGUGUCCUCCUCCUCCUCCUCCUCCUCCUCCUCCUCCAAGUAGGCCGCCUCUAGUGCUAUGCGCCACAGACCCUUUAUACAGUAUUGUUUCUGUAUUUGACCACAUGUACGCCAGCUCGUCCUCAACCCGUGUGCUCAUAGCAUCGCCCGAGUAUCUACUGUAUGUAGCAGAGCUGCUAAAACCAGUGAUGACCAUAAUGGGUAAACGUGAUAGCCAACCGUUUUCUAUUCUUCUGUAUGAAGGUUGUGUUCAAUUAUCUCUGCAUGCAAUGAUUUUAUUUGUUUGUUUGUUUGUUUGUUUGUUUUUAGAGUGCCAUAAAACCCCCCAGUCGUCAUUAAACAAGAACUGUAAAGAUGUCCAGCUCACUGUCAGCUCUUCAUCACUGUAAAUAUGUGUACAUACCAAACAGCUAUGCAUGCUGAUAUUCUAGCAAUUAUUUCAGGUACUUUUAUAAUCAAAAAGUCUCAUGUGGCAUGUGCUAAAAACAUAAAUAAUAAUAAAACACAAUAAAAAUCAAACAAAAUAAAAAAAAACAAAAACAGAAAGUAUGUGAUUUGUCGAGCAAUUGUCCGCUGAUAAAAAGGUGGAUGUGGAAAAUUGUGAUUUUUUUUUAAUUUGUUCUUUUUUUUUUUUUGCCUACUGUAAGUGGUUGAUUCCUUUGGCUGUCAUCCCCAUUGUGUUUUGUUUCUUGUAAACCUGUCUUAACAUUGUAAAGGUAGGGUUGAGGCAAAUGCAAAAAGGAAUAAUAAAAAAAAAACAGAGCAGAGGGGUACAACCCCUUCUGAAACUGAAAUUAUGGUUCUAUGCUAUAAUAAUAAUAAUCAUAAAAAAAUCAUAUCUACGUAAGUAGAAACAAAAUACAUAAAAAAAGAAAGAAAGAGAGGAAUUCUAUUUAACGCUGUGGAAAUGUUGAAUUCAUUCAUUCACAGGUCUGGCUAUAUCAGUACUGACAUUAUGACAUUAUGAACAACAGUGGCAACUUUAUUCCCGUUUCUUUAUUCCCGUCUAAGUGCCAGACGUACAGUAAAAUCAGAAAGAGAGGGAAGAUGGAAAUGAUGUUUUUCUUUAUUUUAUAAGAAGCACUUAAGGCUAAGAUGUUAAAGAAGAAGAAGAAGAAGAAGAAGAAGGAGAAGAAAGUACAUUGAAUUUUAUGUUUAAUUCACAGCUCCACAUGCAGUGGUAGGCUUUCUUAAAAACCCAAAAGUAUUAUAAUUUGCCUCAGCCCUGUGCAUUAAACUGUACAUUUUUAUUGAAAUGAAAGACUAUUCUAUAAAGGAGAGGUUGUAUCCUGUGAAGGAAGACGGACAGUUUUUUUAGGAAUGUUUAUUUUUCAUUCAUGACGAUCACGAUAGUUGGAGGUGUCUGAUUUUUAAUCUGUGCUAAAGAUAUUUUGAAUUUAAUAAAUAAUCAUUGUAACAAGA